UAAUUUUUUUUUUACAAUUUACUAGACCAAUCAUGAUUUUUGCAAGAAACUUAUCAUCAACAACUAAAAGAUUAUCCACUUCAGUGACAUUUUUCACCAAGGAAACUUGUCAAUUAUGUACCAACGCUAAGGUUGUCUUGAAUAAAACCCUUGAGAGUCCGCAACUCAUCAAAAAGGACAUAAAUUUAGAAGUCAUAGAUAUAAUGAAGCCAGAGAAUUCCAAAUGGUUUGAUGUGUAUUGUUACGAUGUUCCUGUGCUACAUGUUGAUAGACCCGAACAAAAGAAACCAACCAAAUUUAUGCAUUAUUUCUACGAGGAUAAACUUUUAGAUGAACUUAAUCGUUAGUUCUACACUGGUCUUGCUCACAUAUAAAAUUCUAUAAGAUAUACUUUAGAUACUGUGGAUAAUA